GUGGUACAACCCACAGCGCAACGCACCACCCUCCCUCUCCCUCCCCUGCUUCGCUCGCUCUCCUCUCCUUGCCCUGUUUCUUGGAGAAGCGAGCUGCUGAGCGCCUCUGCUCAGGCCAGCCCUCCCUCACACGCACCCUGUUUUUUCCGUAGCAACGAACGCUGGUUAGCUAGCUAGCUGCGCGGCCAUGGUGGUUCUCGCUGGCCCGCCCGCGGUCGAUCACCACAUCCCGCUGCUGAGGUCGCCGGACCCCAGCGACGUCUUAUCCGGCGUGCCGGUCGUUGACCUCGGCAGCCCCGGCGCGGCGAGGGCCGUGGUGGACGCUUGCGAGCGGUACGGGUUCUUCAAGGUCGUCAACCACGGUGUGGCCACGGACACGAUGGACAAGGCUGAGUCGGAGGCCGUCAGGUUCUUCUCCCAGCCGCAGGCCGACAAGGACCGGUCCGGCCCGGCGUACCCGUUCGGGUACGGCAGCAAGCGGAUCGGGUUCAAUGGCGACAUGGGGUGGCUCGAGUACCUCCUCCUCGCCGUCGACAACGCGUCGCUCGCCGACGCCUGCACCGUCCCCUCAUGCGCGGUCUUCAGGACCGCUCUGAACGACUACAUCUCGGCGGUGCAGAAGCUGGCGGUGCGGGUGAUGGAGGCGAUGGCGGAAGGGCUGGGCAUUGCGCCGGCCGACGCGCUGAGCUCGCUGGUGACGGCGGAAGGGAGCGACCAGGUGUUCCGCGUGAACCACUACCCACCGUGCCGCGCGUUGCAGGGGCUCGGCUGCAGCGUCACCGGCUUCGGCGAGCACACCGACCCGCAACUCGUCUCCGUGCUCCGCUCCAACGGCACGUCCGGCCUGCAGGUCGCGCUCCGCGACGGACAGUGGGUGUCCGUGCCCUCGGACCGCGACGCCUUCUUCGUCAACGUCGGCGACUCGUUGCAGGUUCUGACCAAUGGGAGGUUCAGGAGCGUGAAGCACAGGGUGGUGGCCAACAGUCUAAAGUCUAGGGUUUCCUUCAUCUACUUUGCAGGGCCACCGUUAGCACAGAGGAUUGCACCAUUGCCGCAGCUGCUGGGGGAGGGAGAGCAGAGCCUGUACAAGGAGUUCACAUGGGGUGAGUACAAGAAGGCUGCCUACAAAUCAAGGCUUGGAGACAACAGGCUGGCCCAAUUUGAGAAGAAGCAGCUAGCUUAAUUAGAUGCCUGUCAAACAGAACUGGCCGGUCAAGCAACAACAACUUAACACAGCUAGCUAGCAUAGCUAUGUCACGCACACGGUACACCAUGACCACGAGGAGACGAAGCUACUUGAGAGAGAGCAAAAUGAAAAGGAAAAAAAAAAAACAGGAAGAAGAUAACUUCAAGAUGCAUAUGUACAGCCGGGUGGAUGGAUAGCUAGAUUUUUUUUCUCAUGUGGUUUUGGCGCGCGCAGGGUUGCCACUGCUUGCUAAUAUAUCACCUUGUGUGGCGAGGUGGGCUCCUUUCCUAUUUCGGAAUGCUGUUCGAUGGAUGGACAGACUCCAAUAGUUAAUGUUAACCAAAUAUAGCACAUCCAAGGGGCUCUCUUUUCUUCCUUUGGUUUUUUUUUUCUUGCCUUUGGUUUUCCUUGUCUUGCUUUAUGAGCAUUGUGUGCGCGUGUAAUUUGAUAUACGUAACGUACGUAGCUGGAGUAUGUAUGUACGUGGCUUGUGUUAACAUGCAUAUGUUUUAGCC